UGCCCACUUCAGUGGCCAUUUCUGCUAACAGAGAGAGAGAGAGAGAGAGAGAGAGAGAGGGUAUUCGCUAAGGAGAGCCUGCGUUCAUGGAGGUCGCUCCUCCACUCAGCUCAGUCCAUUACCGUCCGAUGCGAAAUUCCGGUUGCAAUCAUCUGGGGAAUGCGACCCCGGCCUCAGUUUUAGCGAUUUCCUCAUCUCCCAAAAACAGGGGUUUCAGGAUCUCCUUUCCUUCCAAUACAGAUUCUCUUAAAAGUUGUUUCUCUGGUGCUGAUGCACUUGGUUCUUUGAAGCGUUACCGUUGGAGGUUCUCGAUUCCUUCAGCGUCUUCUGUCUCAUCAGAUAAGUCAUAUCGACAGUAUGUGGUGUCCAUCAGGAAUGAUCAUCCUCAAAAUGCAGAUUUUCCUCGCUCCUACUCAAGAAAAGAGAAGAAACCCUUUAAAGUACCAAUUGUUGAGUUGAGGCGAGCAGCAAGGGAGAGACUUAAGAAAAGGAAAGAUCAGCCCAGAAGACCUCCUUCAGCUCCGAAAAAUGGGCUGGUCGUUAAAAGCCUUAUACCAUUGGCUUAUGAUGUUUUCAAUGCAAGGAUUACAUUAAUCAACAAUCUCAAGAAACUCUUGAAAGUAGUACCGGUCCAUGCUUGUGGGUGGUGUGAUGAAAUCCAUGUGGGACCUGUUGGGCAUCCGUUCAAAUCAUGUAAAGGUCCAACCUCAUCUAUGCGCAAGGGCCUUCAUGAGUGGACAAAUGCCACUGUUGAAGAUAUAUUACCACCAGUUGAAGCUUAUCACCUAUAUGAUAGACUUGGGAAGCGUAUUUCUCAUGAUGAGAGGUUUUCAAUUCCUCGAAUCCCUGCUGUAGUUGAGCUCUGCAUCCAAGCUGGUGUUGAAAUUCCUGACUUACCUACGAAAAGGAGGAGAAAGCCUAUAAUUCGUAUUGGGAAGAAAGAAUUUGUCGAUGCAGAUGAGAGCGAGCUCCCUGACCCUGUCCCAGAAGCUCCCAUAAUUCCAAUGUUGACUGAACUACCUGAUUCUCAGAUGCUAGCUCCAUCUGAUGAUGAAGAAAGGCUGUUGCUUGCAGAGGAAACAUUGCAGGCAUGGGAGAAGAUGAGGCGUGGAGCCAAGAGGCUGAUGAGGAUGUACCCCGUGAGGGUUUGUGGAUACUGCCCAGAAGUGCACGUGGGUCCAACUGGGCACAAGGCACAGAAUUGCGGGGCACACAAGCACCAACAAAGGAACGGGCAGCACGGAUGGCAGUCCGCUGUGCUCAAUGACUUGAUACCUCCUAGAUUCGUGUGGCAUGUUCCCAAUGCUGAUGGCCCUCCAUUACAACGAGAGCUAAAAAGCUUCUAUGGAAAAGCACCUGUGGUGGUUGAGAUAUGUGUGCAGGCUGGUGCAAACGUGCCAGAGCAGUAUAAACCAACCAUGAGAUUGGAUGUAGGGAUUCCCUCAGAUGUCAGAGAAGCUGAAAUGGUAGUUUGAGGUGAUUACAGUGUGUUCAAUAGUUGGAAUAUCUUACAACACACACUAGAAGACAUUACAUAAGGGUCCGGCUCGACAAGGGUUUUUCCUUUUGCUGAACUGUCUGACACCCAGCAUGACCAAGUUCUAGCUGUUCCAUAGUUUUUGCUUAAAACUGUUGUAAUCAAUGUAGAGUAGAAGUAUAGCUGGAAAGCGAUUAAUUCAUUGAGUCCAUUGUUUUUUUCAUAAUAGGGGGUAUCCAGACUUUUCAUUUCCUCAAGACGAUCUGUCCGAUGUGAUACUCUAUACUUUACAUUUUUCUUUUAAGAGCAUUGAUUUUUAGAUAUGUCCUAAUUGUUUUUUAUCUGUUGUUUUCUGUUUCUGUAAAAGCGUUAGCAUUGGCGUACUCUCAGACCUUGCAAUGGAGUAUUUGACAGAUCAAUUCUGCUUAA